CAUACUCAAUAACCCGAAUUCUCCUUCGUAUUUCCCGGUUUAAAUUAUUACCACCACCAAUCCGUUCUAAACACUCCUGUCAAGUUCAGUCCAGGAUUCUCGACCUACCUUUGUGUAGAACACAUUUUAUUGGCAACUCUUUCUCGUAUCGAGCUGCCCAAUUAUGGAAUAAUCUCCCUUCCCACAUACAAGAGAGCCCUUCAAUUACCUCUUUCAAGAAAAGAUUGAAGUUACAUUUUCUUUCGUUUGAGUCAUAAUCUUAAUUUUUCAUUUUUAUAAUUGAACUGUCAAACCUUAAAAUCAUUUAACUAAAUUUCUAUUGUAGGUAGUAUAUUCAUUUAUUUUAACAUUCAUUGUAUAAGUAGGUAGGUAUUAUAUUUAUUUAUAGUAUAUGUAUUUAUGUAAUAUUUUAUUAUGUAUCUUAAUAUUUUAUUUAACUGUAUAUUUGUUUAUGUACUCUAAAUAUUAAUAGUUGUAGCACUUCAGAUACCCGCUAACAACAUGUUUUUUAACUGCAUUGGGUUGACUGGAAGAGAUCUCUGUCAGAGAUAAGUUCACCCUUGCUCACAAUAUUUAUAAAUGCAUUAACAAUGUAAUUUACAAGUACAAUAAAGAAUAAAAUAUAACUCUAGAAUAUAAUGAUCACUUUCGAAGAGCUAACUAAGCAAGUACGUUUAAUAAAUGAUUUGAUAUUAUUGGAUAUGCUUUGCGAUGAGAAAGAAGCAGAAGAAAUGCUAAGUUUUAGCAAACACCUAUUAUCCACAAAAUAUUGGUUUGCUAAGAUAUCAUGUGCGAAUAAAAAGCGAUUCGUCCUGGGUUUAUUAGAAGAUGUUCGAAGCGCAUGGACACUUUCCUUACUUCUAAAAUCCAUAUGGAACUGUCGCCCGAAGGACUCCGUAAUGUCUGUCAGCGAACGUAAUGUAUGGAGCAGUUAUGACCAAAUGCCGUUAGAUCACAACAGAACAGCUCAGCCGGUUUCCACUCUUGAGCAAGUCAUGAAGUGUGAUCGCGUUUGGUUUCUUACACUUGAGCCUGAAGCACAAGCGAUGGUUCUGUCAGAACUGCUUAUGGUAUCCGGAGGGCCUGUCAUGUGGGAGGUUUUGAAACGAGCACAAUUCCUCUACGAGCACUACCGUACAGAGCAACUGCAAAAUUUGCGGGAGUCUAUCAUGCUUAAUGACUCUCCAUCCGAGAAAGGACAGACGUCACCACAAAAGAGUAAAAAAGAUCAACAACCUGUACAGAAACUCAAGAGUUCUAAUGAUCUAGAAACAGGGUCGCUGCCUGAAUGGAUGAGACAAAGCCCCCCACCCGGUAGAGCUCAAAAAGAAUUAGAAGCAAACUUGAUAGAGUGGAAUGCAACAAUUAAAGCAAUGCUUGAUAGUUUAAAAUUAGAGGAAAUAGAAAUGACAUUCAAUGAUGGAACGAAAAGAAAAAUUUGGAAAGUGAACCGCCCUAAACCUGAGUCGAUAGAAACUGUCGAUUUUAUUCAACUGUUACCAUCUUCAAUAGGCAAAAGAAUACUUUCCUAUUUGCCUCGAGUCCAACUUGGUGAAUAUACUCGGGUCAAUAAAUACUGGGCGUACAUGGUUGAAGACUUCCGCGCUGAACUUGCUGCCAGGCAGAAAAUAAAUGCAGAUUUAGAAAAACUGCAGGAUCUGGUGCUACGCCAUGAUACAAGUAUGAAAAUCUUAGCUCAGGGUGGCUUCCAAACAACGACCCUGAAAUCACAAGGUAUCCUCAGCACUACUCAGUCGACGAAGAUGAAACCAAUCCAGCCCAGUAUGAGAGUCAGUGAGAAAUCUACCGCCGCUUUUUCCUUCAGACAUUUCUUAUGCAAUAAGCUGAAUAAACCUAUUAUGACACAAAAACCAAUAAAAAAUAUAGCUGAGCUAACGGAACGAUUGGAAAGACGAGGCGCCGCAGAUGAAAAUAUGUGGAAAUGGUGUGAGAAUCUUCUGCAACACAUCAAGGGUCGAAAGAAAAAUCCAGGAUUAGAAGAGGGCGUAUUAUCGCUGGGUAGCAUGAAUUUUCCAUGUCCUUUAAUGAAGGAGAAGCUAGAAGUGCCACUUGAACCACAUCUUUCUAGAGAUCCUGCUACUUCAGGUUCAGUUAAGCCAAAAAGGAAUAUCUCCAAUGCGACUGUAAUAAACAUUCCAAAAGGACGCGACGUCAAGCGUUACAGCCUUUGGACAAAGGAUUUUUCUAGCCUUUAUCCGGUUUUCAAGAUACCUUCUUACCAAUCACCAAUAUAAAGAAAAACUGUAUAGAAAAACAAUAAAUUAGUUUUGUGGUUA